AUUGGAACACUUAUAAGUAUUGACUACUCCCAUUCGAAACCUUUGUUAUAAUGCUAAUGUCGUUCAUAACACCAGAAGGCACAAAGUAAGAAGUGAAAGUUUGGUCGUUAGGUUUUUAUUACGGACAUGUCAGUGGAUAUUUUAGCAUUUAGCGAUAAUGGAAGAUCAAUACUUCAACAACAUCCUCUGUACGUUUUUUUCUCAAUUUAAGGCGAAUGCAGCUGUCUGCCAAACAAUAGCCUCGUUACUGGAAACUAAAACCUUGACACUUUUUUGCGAGACUGGAUGUCACUCUUUGACCCCCUGGUCACUACAGACUGAAGUGUGAGGAUGGCUUCAGGGGCUACAGCUGGGGAGAGCCAAAUCCAGAGGAUUAUCCGAGAUCUGCAUGAUUCUGUUGCUGAAUUAGCCAAGGAAUACAGGGAAAUUGGGGAGCCAGUUACAGAUGACAGCACCAACCUCCACAAGUUCUCCUACAAACUGGAAUACCUCUUACAGUUUGGCCAGAAGGAAAAAACCACACUUCUUGGCACAAAGAAAGAUUAUUGGGAUUACUUUGUUGACUGUCUGGCCAAAAUUAAAGGAGCUAAUGAUGGGAUCCGCUUUGUCAAAUCAAUCAGUGAAAUAAAAACAUCUCUGGGAAAGGGACGUGCUUUUAUUCGCUACUCUCUUGUACACCAACGGCUGGCUGACACUCUGCAACAAUGUUUAAUGAACCAGAGAGUGACAAGUGACUGGUACUAUUCACGAAGUCCCUUCCUGAAAGCUCAGCUCAGUGGCGACAUCAUCAACCACCUGUAUGAACUCAAUGACGUGCAGUUUGAUGUAGCCUCCAGGGGUCACGACCUUGAUGCCGCCUGGCCCACUUUUGCCAGGAGAGCUCUCAAUGCAAACUCUCCCAGCCAUACAUGGAAACCACCAAGUCGCAGCUCCAGCAUUAAUAGUUUGGCGAGCAACUACUCCCAGCAACCAGGCGAUUUCUCUUGUAGCGUUGACUUUGGUCAUGGUUUACUCAAUGAACUCAAUGAGUCACUACCUCCAUGCAGUGAGGAUGCCAGCACUAUCGAUGACCUCCGCCUUGAACUUGACCAGUCUGAACUGAAGAUGCGAGAACUCUUAAACAAAGUCCAGCAAAUGGCAGAGCAAGAGGUUGAACUAAGAGGGGUGGUAGAGGAUCUCCAGAGACAGUUGGACAUAUCCCUAACUGCCCAGGAGCACCAGCAAGUCGAACUCAGAAAUCUGCGGGGAAGAGAGGAGACCCUGUCCAGAGAAAUUGAAGCUGUCAGGAAUGUGGAAAUGGCUCGGGAAGCAGAACACAACCAGCUUCAGGAGAAAUUAUCCGCAGCUGAAUCCAAGAACAUAGAGCUUUUAGCCAAGUUAGAUGGGAUUUUAAAUGAAAAAGGACACCAGGCUGCAAGCUUCUUUGACUCAGCACAAAAGAUGCAUGAAUUGCUUGACAAGUUAAAAGAAGCAGAGAAAGAGAAGAUGGAUGCUAUAGCUGAGAUGGAGGAGAAGAAAAGACUGAAUGAAAGAUUAGAAGAGGAGCUAAAGCUAAAAACAAUUACAGUAAAAGAUGAAGAAACAAAACGAGAAGAGGUAGCUAUGUCCAAAGCAAAAUUGGAUGCUAAACUGGAACAACAAAGAUGUGCUAUGGAUAAGCUACACGGAGCCUUAACUUUAAAAGAGAAGGAGACAAGUAAUUUACAGAUGCAACUUUUGGACCUCCAAAAAAUGAUAGAAAAACAAGAAAAUGACAUGAAGAGGAUGAGAGAGAAAGUUGAAAAAGAAAAUAGUGAACUCAAAGAGCAACUUGAGAGUAAAGGUGAAGAGGUAAUUACCAGCAUUAAUGCACUACAAGGGCUGCAAACCAAGUAUCAAAUCCUGACUACAGAUAAGGAAAAACUUUCCAUUAACCUUGCCAACAUGGAAAUUAAUGUAAGGGAACAUGCUACAAAGAUCGAGGAAUAUGAAGUACAGUGUGGAAAUCUAGUGGAUCUUAAUGAGAAACUACACGCUACAGUGAAAAAAAAAGAAGAACAGGCAAAGGAGAUGACGGGACACCGGGCUGAACUUGAGGCUGAGUUGGCUGUUUUAAGAGCAUCAGAAAAACAACUCAGAGGUCAACUGAACGACACUAAGAUGACGGUGGAUGAGAAGGAAAAAAGGUUACGCGAGGAGAACCGGGAGCUAGAUGAAAAGCUACAGCAUGCAAACAUGGCCGCCAAAAUGUCAGAGUCCACAGCCAAACAUUUGGAGCAGGAGAACCAAGCACUCAAAGAAGAACAAAAAACUGUAAAAGCUGCUCUCAGUUGCAUGCAAGCUGAUUUGAAGCGUGUGCAUGGGCAGAUAAAUGAUUUAGAAUAUAACUUGGAAGCUUCACGUAAGAAGGAGCAGGCUUUGCAAAGUCAACUACAAACCAGUGAAUCACAGUUAGAUGGCAACAAGAAGGAAAUCAAUGAACUUGUAAAAAAAGUUAAAACAUUAGAGAGAAAUAAGAAGGAGCUUGAAAAGGAAAAAGCUGAUGCAGAGACAUUGAUUGCUAAACAAACAGAAAUGAUGGAACGUGUCACUUCUGAAAAACAAGGUAUUGAAAAGGCACAAUAUGAAAAGAGCACAGCCCUAGCCAAACAAAACCAGGAAGUAACUAAUAAACUUAAUUUGGUAGAAGGGCAGCUGGAUGUAAGUAUUAAGGAAGUAUCCAGACUGCAAGCUGAGAUAUUGGACUUAAGAGUGCAAGUGCAAAGAAGCAAAGAGGAAAAACUAAAGUCACAAGCACAAUUGGAGAUGACCGAGGCCCAGAGAGAUGAGCUGAGGACACUGACUGAAAAACUAAAAGCUACAAUUGAAGAGCUAAACCAGAAACAUGUAGCAGAGCUGGUGGAGUGCAAAAAGAAGGAGGAAGUGUUGAUCAAAGAACGGGACAAGGAACUGGAUAAUUGUGCUGAGCUGGCCUCCACACUAGCUGCUGUACGCGAAGAGGUUUCCACACUAAAGGAUGAAAAUGAGCGAUUAGUUUUAGAAAAUAGUGACACACGGGAAGGACUGCACAGGGUGAACACAGAGAUGGCAGAGAUGGGCAUGACGAUAUGCAAACUGAAUGCUGAAAAGGAGGAAGCCAGGGAGCAAUGGGCUACAGAUGAGAUAAGGAUAGAAGAGUUUGAAAAGGAGGUAGAGCGCUUUGGGGAAUGCAUGGAUGAACUGCGAGAAGAAAAUAAAAUCCUUAAAGAAGAGCUGGCACAAAUGGAGAAAGUGCCAAAACAAAUGAAGGAGCUUCAAGACCAGUUGGAGAAAGCCAAUAGCCAAGUACAAAGUCUGAAAAACUCCACCCGGGAGGAGGUGGAGGCUGUGAAGUUUCAAAUGAGUUCAGAAAGCAUGAAUCAUCAAGUACAAAUAAAGAGUUUAACAGAACAAGUCAACAGAGCGAAAAUGCAGCUACAGGAAGAGCAGAAGAAUGCCUCCAGUUUAGCGAAACAAGUCUCAGAACUUGAGGCUUUGAAUGAACAGUAUUUGCUGCUAACAGGGGAGAAAGAUGCUCACAUCACUAAAACAGAAACCACCAUUCGCGAUAAUGACACUGAGAUACAGCAACUUAGACAUGAAGCACACAGUGCUAAAGAUGCCCAUUUGACUGCACAAGCCCUGUGUGAUGAAUUAAAGCUCAAAUUGGAGAUGGCUGAAGUCGACAAACAAACCCAGAUAUUGAAGAUGUCUGCUGAGAUUGAUGACCUUAACCGAACUAAAAUCACUCUGGAGGAGCGGCUUAUUGAGCUAAUUAGGGACAAAGAUGCUCUGUGGCAAAAGACAGAUGCCCUGGAGUUUGAGCAGAAGCUGCGUUCAGAGGAGCGCUGGUGGCUUAUGGAUAAAGAGGCCACUCACUGCCUCGGCUGCCAGGGACAGUUUACCUGGUGGCUACGCAAACAUCACUGCAGAUUUUGUGGUCGUAUUUUUUGCUAUUACUGCAGCAAUAACUUUGCAAUGACAAAACAAAGUGGGAAAAAGGAGCGCUGUUGUAAAGACUGUUACAACCAACACAAUGCUGUGGGGGAGAUGGUCACUGAGGCAGAAGUCAGUGCUUCAGAACCCCAGACUCCCUCGCCUGGACUGGGACCUGAGCCGUGUCCUGAUGCAUCCCCCUCUACAUCCCCCUCUACAUCCACCCCUAAGGGCACAGACCCUACAAACAAGUCUGAUGACGGAGCCUUUGACAUAAUCACUGAAGAUGAAGUGCACAGAGUAUAUGACAGUGAUGCUGCCUCUCAAACCACAGCAGGCUCUUUGGAUGGGGAACAGGCUCCCAGACUGCUCAAUAUAAGCACAGGUGACGCGACCCCAGAGGAUGCAGAGGAACAUAUUCCUACUAUUCAAGAUUCAGAGAUUAAUCUGCUCAAAUCUGGAGAAAUCACGAUGGCUAUUCCAUUCAGCAUUGAAGACAUUUCCCACUUUGGCGGCGGUUCCAGGGAGCUAUUUAUCAAAUCAAGCAACUAUAGUGUGAUAACUGUUACCGUCUGCGUUUGUGGACCCACAAUCAGCUGGAUGUUUUCCUCUGAGCCAAAAAGCAUUUCCUUUAGUGUGGUCCACCGAGAAUCUACUGAUGCUCCCAUAGAACAAUCAAAGGUCCUGAUUCCUCUCACUCGCUGUAAUUCACAUCAACAGACUGUUCAGGGACAGCUCAAAGUGCGACACCCCGGCCUCUACACUUUCAUCUUUGACAACUCCUUUUCUCGGUUUAUUUCUAAAAAGGUUUUCUAUCAUCUGACCAUGGAGCAGCCUGUAAUCUAUGACGGAAGUGACUUUCCCUGAAGCUACAGGACUUUUCUCUGCUCAGUGCAUUAUACACUUUAUGGGAAAUCUCAGGAGAAGACUUUUUUUUAUCAGCCAUACCUUAAUACUGAUAUCAUUUUAAUCAUUUGUAAUGAUUCACGUUAUGAUGCUGUUGGUUUACACAUUUUUAAUUGGGAGUGUUUGGAGCUUGGUUUAUUUGUAGUCAUCAAGAAACUGAAAAUAUGUAAGUUGUAAGUUUUAGUAAGCAUGUUUUUGUGUUUUCCUCACCUGUAAGACAGGUGGUGUUAUAACUUAUUUUACCCUGUGAAAUAGUGGUCACUUCAAAAUUAGACGUUUUAAGAAAGUGGGUUAAUUAUUAAAUUCAACUUUUUUGCAUACUUCCUAUUUAUUAGAAUAGUAAUUAGUGACAUGUGUAAGUAAAUGCACUUUCAGAUGCAGUGUGCUGCCUAAGUUCGGAGAAUGUCUGUACAUGUACAACAUGUCUGUUCUCAUUCACUCUCUAAAGUGCCUUUAAUGUAAUCACCAGUGAGUCAUAUUUUGUGUAUUUUUGCAUAAUUAGUGGCCAGACACAUUAGUUUGGGCAUACUUUUGCAGUUAUUAAUUAUUUAACUAGUCUUUACAGGCAUUUGAACACAUGGUCUCACAAUAUUUUGACCUAAUAAUUACUUUUAUAAAGAUACUGAAGUAAGUUUUAAAAAUAGUUGUUUUUCUGAAGCAUUCUUGCACAGCAAUAAGACUUUAUUCACAACACUACUCAAUGAAGGAUAUAUAUAUUUAGGUUUGGAUUGUAUUUCUAUUUUUUUUUUUUUUUUAAUCAAGAGUCUCUUCCAACCAUGUGUCUGUUUCUUUGCUUAUAAAUAAAGAGAGAAAUCCUGCUGU